CGCGCCAUGGCGCUCGCAAGGCAAGUGCUUUGUGUCUCUGCUUUCCUGUGGCUGCCGCUCGCUCGCGCCGAGCCCAUCCGCUACUCCGUAGCCGAGGAGGCGGAAAGCGGCUCCGUGGUGGGCGAGCUGGCGGAGGAUGCGGGGCUGACGCCGGCGCAGCUCUCGGCUCGCCGCGCCCGCCUGCUCUCGGAGGACGGCCGGCAGCAUUUUCGCUUAGAGCGCGCCUCCGGCCGCCUCGUCGUGGCGGGGAGGCUGGACCGGGAGGAGCUGUGCGCCCAGUCCGCCACCUGCAUGCUCCCCUUCGAGCUGCUGCUCUCCAACCCCCUCCAGUUCUUUCGGGUCGAGGUGAUAGUGAAGGAUAUCAAUGACCAUUCGCCAGUUUUCCCCGAGGAUCAAGUCAGUUUUAAGAUUCUGGAGACGAGCGAAAUAGGCUCUCGUUUUCCACUGGAGGUUGCUCGGGACCUUGAUAUUGGCAGCAACACAGUCCAGGCAUACAACAUCUCUCCCGAGAAUGAGAAUUUUAGUGUCUCCCAUGGUACCGGGAUUUCAGGCAAGAAGUAUCUUGAACUAGUCCUGGAAAAGCCGCUUGACAGAGAGGAGCAGGAACAGAUGAGUUUCCUUGUGGUUGCCCUGGAUGGGGGCUCUCCUCCCCGGACUGGGACCACCAAAGUAAACAUUAGAAUUCUAGAUGUAAAUGACAAUGCUCCCAAAUUCACACAGGAGGUAUACAUUGGAAGGGUUCUUGAGAACGCACCAGAAGGCUCUGUGGUUCUGACUGUGCUGGCAACUGAUCCAGAUGAAGGAGUUAAUGGGAACAUCUCCUAUCAACUUAGCAUUGCCAUGGGACAGACUGAUUUGGCAUUUGUGAUUGAUCCCAUAAAUGGUGAAAUUAAACUCACAAAACCUCUGGACUUUGAGGCAGCCGAAGUUCACGAGCUCAGUGUGAGAGCCACAGAUGGAGGGGGACUCUCAGCAAUCUGCAAGGUGUUGGUGGAGGUGGUGGAUGUGAAUGACAAUGCCCCAGAGCUGGUGGUCAGUUCCUUCAGCAGUCCCCUCCCCGAGAACACAGUGCCUGGCACGGUGGUUGCCCUGUUCACGGUCAGGGACCGGGAUUCUGGUGCCAACGGGAAGAUCUCCUGUGCCCUGGAGGAUCAGCUCUUCUUCUCCCUGCGGCCAGCCUAUAAGAAUUACUACGAGCUGGUGACAGUGAGCGCGCUGGACCGCGAGGAGACGCCUCAGUACAUGCUCAGGGUCACGGCAGCAGAUGCGGGCUCGCCCGCUCUCACAACCACGCAGACCUUCACCGUGGACAUCUCGGACGUCAAUGACAACGCGCCCGUCUUCAACCAGACCUCCUACACCAUGUACGUGCGUGAGAACAACGUCGCCACGGUGUUUGUAGGAGCCGUGAGCGCUGCAGAUGCUGACGUGGGGCUGAAUGCCAAGGUGACCUAUUGGCUGGCAGCAGAGCAAGGGCCGGAGCGGGCCUGGUGCUCCUGCAUCUCGGUGAACUCGGAGAACGGACACGUGUUUGUGCUGCGGCCCCUGGACUACGAGCACUUGAGGCAGAGCGAGGUGACGGUCAGUGCCUCUGACGCGGGCUCUCCUCCCCUCAGGGCCAACGUCACCGUCCGCCUUGUGGUGCUGGACGAGAACGACAACGCACCGCUCGUGCUCUACCCGGCCCAGGAGAGCAGCCCGGCCUCCAGCGAGCUGGUGCCCGUGUCGGCCGAGGCGGGCUACCUCAUCAGCAAAGUGGUGGCCGUCGAUGCCGACUCGGGACAGAACUCCUGGCUCUCCUACCACCUGCUGAGGGCCACCGACCCGGGGCUCUUCUCCGUGGGCCUGCAGAGCGGCGAGGUGCGUCUGAGGAGGCCGGUGACAGAGAGAGACAGCGUCAAGCAGAAGCUCCUUGUGCUGGUCAGAGACAACGGGCAGCCCCCGCUCUCAGCCACGGCAGCUCUGAGCGCUCUCCUGCUCAAGGACUUCUCCGACGUGCGCCUCCCUCAGGGCAGCCCGGCCACCGAGGAUCAGGACGCCUCCCUGACCACCUACUUAAUCCUUGCCUUGGUCUUUGUCUCCCUCCUCUUCCUCAUCUCCACCGCAGUCCUGCUGGCUCGCAAGGUGUGCCGGAGGAAGGAGCUGAAGGCCGGCCAUGUGCUCUAUGCUGCCGACACCUUGCAGAGCGGCCUGGCCGACGCAGCCGCCGCAGGGACCCUGCCCCGCCCCUAUUGCUACGAGAUCAGCCUCACAACGGGCUCGGGCAACAGCGAGUUCAGAUUCCUCAAGCCCAUCCUGCCCAGCCUGCCCCCACAGCACUGCGCCGUGGGCCAGGGCCCCGAUGAGGAACAGGAUUUCCCCGCUGUCCCUGUCAGCACCGAGGACAUGGCCUCAGACAAUGCUGGCACUCUCUCUGCAGGACAGUUCAACGCUCUUUCCUUCAACUAGCUGGGGUAGGAACAGACUGAGGCUUUGUGGCUCUUGGGUGGUCACGAUCCCUCCUGCAGCAUAUGACAAUGUUUCCUCCUGCGUAUAUCUGUAUUUGCAAUUGGUGCAACAAAUUUCCUGCAAAUUCUAUUCCAAAUAAAUAUCUGCCUAUCCAAGAAACAAAGAAGGAAGGAAAAGAAGCCAAGAUUCUUUUUCUUCGUUACCAUUGUGUUUCGACUGUUUUACUUCCAUUUCCUGCAAGCUUUAAUUGUGUAGUUAGCACUUACAGCAAUGCUCCUGUUUCUUUUCCUGCCUGAGGAGACAGUGGAUCCUUUUAUUCUGAGCUUUAAGAAAAUGUCACUGGGUGCCCUACCAGUCCCAUCAUUACUGAAAUGCAAAAAGCCCUUUUUGUGCUUCAGGAAAGCAAGAAGUCAUGACUACUGAGUCACAAUGUCUAGUUGGCACUAGGCCCUUUCUUCCCUGGGCUCUGGAUGUCUCUGAAUGAGAUGUGAGCUCUGUGUGCUUUGCUUUCUUGACAUUCUCAUUAUUUGUCCAUGCAGACAUUGAAUAUCUGCAGGUGCUUCAGCAGUGCUGCCUGGUGAAGCAGGGAGUUGCUCCCACCCAGCCACUGCAACACAGGCAGUGCCAGCUCUGAAGGGAAUGAUGUGAUUUGGACACUGUUGGUACAGCAGUCUCAUCUUCCUUAUCUAGCUUAGAGUAGAGAUACAACAAAAUGUGCAACAAAAUCUUCCUUUGGAUUACGAGAAGGGCUUGGGUGUUCUGUCACCUCGGGAUUGCCUUGGAAACACAGGAGCACAAAAAGUCUUAGGGUAGACUGUAAAUGAACAGACUUGUACAAACACGUUCUUUGUCAUUGAAUGCAGUGAAGGAAAACGCCACAAUUAUUAAAAGAGUAUUAUUGGGAUGAAGAAUAAAGAAGAACUUAAAAAGAGACAUUGAGAUAGGUCUUUUCAUUGCUGUUCCUGAAUCCCAAGACAUCUUGAUGGGACUAAAAAGCUGUCCAUGCAUGAUUUUCUGUGUUAGUGUCAGAGUAUCCACAUUCCCAUGUUUGCCCUUUCUACUCUGAAAUGUACUGAGCUCUGUACUGAGCCAUUUGCUCUAGAGAAGGACUGUCACCCCAUCUAGAAUAACAGGUUAUUUCAAGGAUGUCUGUGAUGCAAGAAAUACUCUGAUCACCUUCCUCACGAUAUGAUGUUUUGAACUUAGACAGUUUAAUAUAGUAAAUUUCUAUAACCAAGUGAUUAAAAAGUGAAAAAAGGUGUUAGACUGAAAUCAAGAGAGCACUCUGACUGAUUUUGUGGUGACAGAAAUCUUUUUAGAGACGUUCUUUCUGGGAAAGACCUCUCAAGACUUCCCAAACUUCUGCGAGUUUAUUUCUCAAUGUAUCCCUUGACUGAAGCACUGUUGGUACAGUUCCUGCGUGUGCAGAUGCAGCCAGUACAGUGUUCAUUGGCAUACCAGUUAUGUCAUCAUGGCCCAUGCCUGUGUGAUUUCUCCUGCUAAAGAAUGAGGCUUUUCUCACCUUCUCGGCUGCGCCUCGUCUUUAGGCUCGCCUGGUGAAGGCCGC